GAGGCCUUGGCUGACCUGGGCACCAGGCUGCACCUCACUGCCAAGGCCAAGCAGGGGCUGGCACUGUGCACCCACACGCUCCCCGCCCAGGAGGCCGCCUGCCUGCUGCUGAUCCAGACCCUCCAGCGGGAGCACCGAGACCUCCUCUGGGGACAGCCGGACUCCUCCUCCACAGAAAGCAGCAGCAGCAGCAGCGAGGAGGAGGAAGACUCUGGGAGAGGGGACCCUGGUGCAAAUCUAGACAUGCCCAAACCCUGCAGGCUGCCGCAUUUGGAAGCAAUUGAAGCUCCGGGGAGCUCAGCUGCUUUCUCCUCUGCCGACAUUCAGGCCUGGGUGCCCGACGGAGCUCCCUACAGGCCGCUUCCAGCUGCACCCAACACUGCGGAGGGAAGCCUGGACCGGAGGAAGCCGGAAGCCCUGGUGCUCUCGGUCCUGGAGACUUUGACUCGGAUCCGGGCGCUGAAGGAACGUCUGGAGGGCCUUUGGGUUGCCCUGGAGGAGAAGAGCCAGGACUGCAGGGCCCACGAGGCCCAGGAGCUGGAGCUCAUGCAGGAAUUCUUCCAAGCCCAUAGCGCCCUGCUCCUCGCCUACCAGAAGGCCCGCCAGAAGCAGGAGAGCCAGGUGGGGCAGCUGGAGACGCAGGUGGGGCUGAUGACCAGGCGCCAGGCCAAGCAGCGCCAGGCUCUCCUGCAAACCCUCCAGCAGCUGCAGCGGCCCCCAGGGGCCCCUCCUGGCCUCCCCCAGGCCCCUGGGCCCAGUGAGAGCCCCCUGGAGCCACCCAGGAAUUUGGGGGUCCCCUCUUCUUUCUGGAGCAGAAAGUGAGGCUUUGAUGGACACCCACAAGCCCCCCCAACGGAGGACCCAGGUGGUUGGGGGCACAAGAGGCUCUGAAACCCCUGAGAAG